GUGGGACCUCAGACUUCAUUUGGAGCUUCCCAACAAGCCCCAUGAAUCCCUAUGUCAACUGCUCCGGACCCAAGUUCCCCCUGCCCCAGCAAGACUUUUUUGUGGAGCCCGUCAGCCCCAACCUCUGCAACGGGACUCACACAGGGACCUUGUUCGACCCUAAGGAUGCCAACUUGACGGAGGAGCAGCUGCGAGAUAAGUACCUGGGACCUCGACGGUCCAGCUUCUUUGUCCCUGUGUGUGUCAUCUACCUGCUGAUCUUCGUGGUGGGAGCCGUGGGCAACACGCUCACCUGCAUCGUCAUCCUCCGGCACCGGUUCAUGAGGACGCCCACCAACUACUACCUGUUCAGCCUGGCUGUCUCCGACCUUCUGGUGCUGCUGCUGGGGAUGCCGCUGGAGCUGUACGACAUGUGGAGCAACUACCCCUUCCUCCUGGGUGCCAGCGGCUGCUAUUUCAAGACGUUGCUCUUCGAGGCCGUCUGCUUCGCCUCCAUCCUCAACGUCACGGCCCUGAGCGUGGAGCGCUACAUCGCCGUGGUGCACCCGCUCAAGGCUAAGUAUGUGGUGACCAGGAAUCAUGCCAAGAGGGUCAUCGUCACCAUCUGGGUCUUAUCGGUCAUCUGCUCCAUCCCCAACACCAGCCUCCACGGGCUGCAGCCUCUCUGCGUGCCAGGCCGAGGACGGGUGCCCGAUUCGGAGAUCUGCACCCUGGUGAAGCCCCUCUUGACCUACAACCUCAUCAUCCAGAUCACCACCAUUGUCUUCUUUUUCUUGCCUAUGGGGACCAUCAGCAUCCUCUACCUGCUGAUCGGCCUGCAGCUGAAGAAAGAAAAGAUGCUGGAGACCUUGGGAACCAAAUCUGGUGGCGGCAGUGGCCACGACUGCCACAACACUCGGGGGCAGAAGAAAGUCAAGAGGAGGCAGGUCACGAAGAUGCUGUUCGUGCUGGUGGUGGUGUUCGGGAUCUGCUGGGCCCCCUUCCACACUGACCGCCUCGUCUGGAGCUUUGUCUCCACUUGGACCAGCCACAUGCACCACGUGUUCCAGUACGUCCACAUCAUCUCAGGUGUCUUCUUCUACCUGAGCUCAGCCGCCAACCCCAUCCUCUACAACUUGAUGUCCACCCGUUUCCGGGAGAUGUUCAAGGAGGUGAUGUGCCGCCCUGGCCACCGCCCACCACGGUCACGGAAAUACUCACCCAGCGUCACCCGCACCACCACCCGCAGCACCGAGUGUGAGCCCAUGCCUGGCACCAACGGGCUGCCCCUCUCCGACGCCGAGGAGUACGAGCUGGAGGAGGUGGAGGAGGCUCAGGCCACCACACAUGCAACAUCCGUCUGCUGAUGAGCAGGAGGACGCAGGGGGAUCAGGGCUGGCUUUCCCCACCACCAGCAUCCCUCUUUCUGUGGUGCCCAUCCCAUGGUGGGGAGAGGGUAGGAGUGAUGGAGGGGUCCCUGCCUCUCCUUGCCAUCCUGCUGGGAUGUGAAGGUUGGUUUUCUUGGCAGCGCUGCUCUAGGGACAUGGUGGUGGUGGCCGUGCUGUGCCCUGGAUGUGUUGCACCUGCUGUGCUCAAGCACUGGGGCUGGUCAAGGCCAGGGUAUCCCUUGUGGUGUGGGAACAGCUGGCUUCUAUGUCAGGGACAACAGAGCAACCCCCAAAACCGCUCAAUCCCUGCAGCCCAGCGGGGUGAGCCUACGGGUAUUGGGGGUGUCAGGCACCCUGGGCUGUUUUGGGACUUGGUGCUUGAUGGGUGCCCCUAAGAGGUGCUCACACCCAGGCUGAGACCCACAGGGGUGGGAGAAGUUUGCACAGGAUGGAGCAGGGAAAAAAGUGUCUUCUCCCUCGAGACCUCCCCAGGGCCCUCUGGCACCCAUGUGCCCCUGGUUUUCUUGCACAUC